GAACUGUGAUGUGUUUUACGGUUUUAUUACAUAUGUUUUUGUAUGUUACUUUAUGAUAAGGUAAAUAUCUAUCUCUAAUUGAUGUGUGUUUUCUGGUUUCAUUACACUAACUUAGCAACUUUGGAACUGUGAUGUGUGUUUUACGGUUUUAUUGCAUAUAUUUAUUUAUGUUACUUUAUGAUAAGGUAAGUAUCUAUCUAAUUGAUGUGUGUUUUCUGGUUUCAUUACACUAACUUAGCAACUUUGAAACUGAUGUGUGUUUUACGGUUUUAUUGCAUAUAUUUAUGUAUGUUAUUUUUAUGAUUUAUAGGUAAGUAUCUAUGUCUAAUUGCAUUUUUAUUUUUUCAUAGGACGCAACAUGGGUCGUAAAAAGGUGCCUUGCCCACUCUGUCAUGUAUCAUAUAUUAAUGUAACAGUACAUUUAAGGGAUGUACAUAAGGUUACAAGCAAUGAGGAGCGAAAGCUCCUCAUUUCUUGUAAGACGAGCCGGUUUUCUGGUCCACUAGACUGCAUGAUCCCUGGUUGUCCUUCAAAACAAUUGAUUCGGCUGGACAAGCACCUCCAACUGAAUCAUAAUAAGUGGUGAAGAGCUAAAGACCAUGGUUCAUCAAGCCAAAUGUGCUGCUGCAAAAACAGCAGUUUUAAAGCAUAGAGCAGAAUCAAAGGACAAAGAUAGCGAGAUAGCGCAAAUGAAGCAAAAUAUCGAGGAGCUUGAAAGCCGCCUUGCGGAACUUGAGGGGCAAAAUCAGGACACACCAGGCCCCAGUAAAGUAAUCCAUAAGGUCUUCUUUAAUGAUAAAGUACUUCCAGAUUAUCAGGAGAGCUUAUUUCAUGUCGGUGCCAACAAGAGAAAAGCUCAAAAUAUGAAGCAGGAAUUGGGUUACGUCAAGGGCUUCGUUCAGUUCAUGUGGGGCUCUUCGAGUGAUCCUGCACCUGCUCACCUGAAAUUUCUCAAUGAUCCAAGUAAAUUGAACAAUUGGGUGAAGGACUUGUCAGAAAAAUUUCAGGUCGCAACCUGCAAAAACUAUUUGAUUUCAAUUUGCAAGUUUCUCCAAUUUCUUAUUGAUAGAUGGCCAACAGCUGUCCGUCUUGGACAAAAAGUUUUACAGGGUCUCCUAAGGCAUUUAAAAAUGCAGAGAAAUGCCAUAUCAAAAGAAAUAGUAGGGCACCGGCAACGUGUUAAAGACCUUAAAGCAAAGAGGAUGCCUACCACAGAUGACCUACGCGAGCUGAUCACGGAGCUACGGGGCCGAAUUUCAGAAUCUCUUGCCCAAGAAGAUGCUGCAAGGUCAUCAUUGCUACAGCGGUGCUGCACAACUACCUGAAGCAGCGCUGCUGUCCUGAUCCUCCAAUGGAAGAUUACGAUGAAGCAGAUGUGGCAGUGGCUGAGGCAGCCAAUGGCCAACGAGGACUUGCACAUAGAGCUGCAUUCACAUUACAGCACUUCAGCUAGAUAAGAUGAAUUUCAAUAUGGAAGGUAUUUACUAUGGCUUAUUUUUCCUUGAUAAUGUUCUGUACAAGAUUAAAACAGUGUGCAGCAAAAUUUACCAAGUCACUUAAACAAUACUGGUUGAAAAUGUAAAAUAAAAUACUUUCACUCAUAAAUAUGUAAAUAACACAUUGUUUAUUAUUCUUUUUUUCCCACAUCUUUUACACACCAUGGCUUGUAAUCACAGCUGUCUCCUUACUGUAUCUUUUUUGUAUCAUACCUUUCUUACAACUUCAUAUCCAAUUAAACCUGUAGAAUUCUCAUUUUCAUUUCAUGCCUUCAUAAAUUAAAUUUUUUGCUCAUGAAAUUCUCUGGCUAACUUCAUGGAUGGUCAUCCUGCUUGCUCUAUUCUGAAAAGUGGUGGCAGCAUCAUUUCUCAGGGAUACUGGAGCAGAUGUGGAGGGCCCACACUCACUGUGCUCUGGCUCUUCCAGCCUGUUCAGAUCCCUCUGUUCUAUGGGGGAAAAAACACAGAAGCACAAA